AUGCAAGUGAUGUCGGUCCUUGCGCGGUUUCAACCCUGCAGAUAUGUACAGCAAGCCAUUUUAAACGCAGCAGCCUUGCGCCUGGCUGAAGUGGGUUCCUUAUCAGAUGCAGUCCAACUAUUGGAAGGUUUACUGGAGGUUGAUGCAAGCAAUGCAGUGGCGAAGCAAUUGCGGGAAAAGUUGGCAUUUGGGCAUUUCAGGUCAGUGACGAGUAGCAGCUUAAAUGUUCAGUGGAAGUUUCCAUCGCGGACGCUGGGACACACAGGUCUUGACUAUGACAAGCAGUGCAGAUUGCUGGAACAUGUGUUGUGUACUGCCCAGAGGGGUGAUGCAUGGUCAGUGGUGGAUACGAUCGAGCGAUUCUCCGUGGAAGGAAAUGGUUGGCUGAAAAUUGCUGGUGGCGGUAAAGGAGUUGUCCUGGACGAUCUUGUGAAGAAAUUAGCACCACAACCAGCAGAACUGGUGCUAGAAUUUGGUUGUUUUGUUGGCUACUCCAGCACACGUAUGGCGUACUGGCUUCGACACAGUGGGGGCAGACUCCUGUCAGUGGAAGUGGACCCUAUACAUGUCUGUAUUGCGAGAAAUGUCCAUGAGUUCGCGGGAGUAGCAGAUGUGAUAACAGUUUGUACAGGAUAUAGCGAAGAUGUCAUCCCGCAUUUGAAGAUGACUCUGGGUGCUCACGGUGCCCCCAGAGCCGCAGAUGCCAUAUUUUUCGAUCAGCGAGGUACUCGCUUUCACACAGACUUGUGGAUGUUGGAAGGUGAAGGUCUACUGAAGGACGGCUGUGCUGUGCUUGCGGACAAUGUGCUGAAGCCCGGCGCACCCCAUUUCCUGUGGUAUUUGCAGCACAGCCCCAAGUAUGAUUUGACAGUCGUCUCUUUGAGGGAGUUUGCUGCAGAUCGAAUUGAAGAUUGGAUGGCCCUGGGGAUAUACGACGCCUCAGCUGCGGAUGUCAUCGUACCGGCACCAAAGUCUUUGGACCGCGUGGCCUUUCUAACGGACAAGGCUCGGGCCAGGAGCUGCAACGCCGAUGGUCCAUGUGAAGUCGAUGAGGAUGCAUGGGCUCGCCAUGCACAAGAGAUUCGACUGGCAUAUGAUGAGGUGAAGAUCCACCCACGAAUUGCCCACAUUUUGCAAUCUCCAGGUGCUCCAGAUAGCAAACCCUUUGUGGAUUGGCCGGAGUCUUUGGGGAAAAACAUGGAAAACCGAUUCUGCUGUGCCUUUUCUGGCGUUUUGUAUGGAGAUUGCAAGAGAUUGUAG